AAACAGAACAAGUUAUUUCUGCUUCAAAAAAGUGGAAGAUUCCUAUUAACUGUCUGGAUUACUUGGCCGUUUCAUAGCCACAGUUACUAGUACACAAAUAAGUGCCAUCUGAAAAUAAUAAUCCAAGACCAUCAUAUCUGCCGUUUUUCUCGCUGGAAAAUGAUGGCCGGGGCUUUGAAUUUUACUCCGACUUCGAUUUUCAGGCCACUUUCGACUCGUAAAUUAUCCAACAAAAGAGUGUUUUUUGUACAAUCAUCAACAAAUUCUUCAGAAAUCCCUGUGGCUUCUACCUCUGUAAGCAUCAAAGAGGAAACCAGUUCGGGUUCCUCCUUGUCACCGCCUCCUAACUUCAAGCCUCCGAAGCCCAAGCCCUUUUCAGUCCGGCCCGAUAAGGUGCUUGACAUUUUGGGGGCUUCUCUUGCCUUGGUUUUUCGCCUUACUACCAGUGUUCUCGUUUCUGGGUAUUCAGCAUCUUUUGUUCCCAAGAAUGAGAUUCCAUCCGAAGAGUAUGCUCUUGAAUUUGCAGGUUUUAAGUUGAAAGAGACUUCAAAAUUAGGUCCACGCCCUGAGAAACCAAUUGAAAUAUAUGAGUUUGAAAGCUGCCCCUUUUGUCGGAAGGUUCGGGAAAUUGUUGCAUUCUUGGACCUUGACGUGUUGUUCUAUCCUUGUCCAAAAAAUGGCCCAAAUUUUCGUCCCAGGGCUGUACAGAUGGGUGGAAAAAAGCAGUUCCCUUACAUGGUUGAUCCAAACACAGGAGUUUCCAUGUACGAAUCAGAUGACAUCAUCAAGUACUUAGUUCAGAAAUAUGGUGACGGAAAGGUUCCAAUUAUGUUGUCUCUAGGACUACUGACUACCUUGACCGAAGGUUUUGCCAUGAUUGGUCGCAUGGGGAAGGGUAGUUCCUAUGUUCCAUCAAAAUUGCCGUCCAAGCCUCUUGAUAUAUGGGCAUAUGAGGCUUCGCCUUUCUGCAAAGUUGUACGUGAAGUACUUGUAGAGUUGGAGUUACCUCACCUACUUCACAGCUGUGCACGUGGCAGCCCAAAAAGACAUAUACUAAAGCAGAAAGUAGGACAUUUUCAGGUUCCUUAUUUAGAAGAUCCGAACACUGGAAUCCAAAUGUUUGAGAGUGCAGAAAUCAUUGAAUAUCUACGUGCAACUUACGCUCUUUAAUAGGCGAGGCUUUCUAUAAUCAUUUGAAUGCUGCUCGUUGAAUACUAAUUUAUGAUUCUGGUUAUGGAAAUUUACCUGUUGUAUGAUACAAGAUGCUUGAGGAAGAACAAAUAUUUAUGAAAAUCUCUUGUAAAGAGAACUUUCUGGUGCAUAAGAAACAUGUAGAUGGUGUCGAACAUCAUUUGUAUACGUAAAUCUUUUUAGUGAAAGUUUUAUGAUGGGCUGUUUUCAUUGGCUGAAAGUGAUUAUGAGUGGCUCGGGAAGAGACUUGACUUGUAAAUUGCCCAUAUGAUGGUUUAUACUUGUCUUAUAAAGAGAACUUUGUGGUGCA